AUGGAUUUUAGUGAUGAUAAUAGCCUACAAUACAUAAGAAAUUCGUCACAAAGCGAAGACAAGAAUGAGGAAGACAAUCUUCUCCAAGGAAUUAAUAGUUACAGGCAAUCCUUAAACAUGCCAGCCCUCUCAAAGAAUGACAAGGCGGGGUACCUUGCCGAUGAAAUAGCCGACCAGUUAGAGCACCAACCUUGCAUGACCACCACUAGCCCCAUUACCACCGCAUCAAGCUCCCGACCCCAAAUUACCAAUUUCCCUGAUCUUUUGGAGAAGUGCAAUAUAGACAUAAAUACCACUAGAGACGGGGUCAUAAUAUUGCCUGUUUGUGUUCCCAAGCUCAUUCCAACUUUGGUCCUCACAAACUACACGCAAUCCCAGUUUUCAAGGUAUGUCAAUAACUCCAAGUACACCAGAGUUGGCAUAGGUUCAGAAGACGAUUGGAUGGUUGUUGUCUUGACGACAAACACACCGACAAGAAGCUUUUUUAGUGCAGCUGAUAUGAUUUUUGAGGUUGGUUUGAGUAGGUGCUUGAUGUUUUUGUUGUAGGGAAUGUUUUUGUGUGUUUGGUUGAAUUAAUGAAUAGAUUUUAGUUUGUUUUGUGAGGUGCAUAAAAUGUUUUUUUUGUGUAAAGUUGUGACCUAAGAAGAGAAAGUUGAGCAACAGACAUGUUUCAACUUCUCAUUGUAAUGUAAUAUCUUCUGGUUGGGCAUUAUAUGCUGCUUUGAGCAGAUGUGUGAUUAACAAAUAUGGAAGGCCUG